UCUGAGUGCGUUCCUGUGGUGAGACAGGUUCCUCCCCAACACGGCAAGUUUCACCUGCGUAGGCAGCUGUUAGUCGUCGACAGGUUCGCUUCAGGUUGAGCUCUCUGGAGGAGGGAAAUAAUUCAGCGAAAAGCGAAUAAAGCGCACGCAGAGACGACGUCUCAUGAACACAACUUUCAAAUCCCAACACUCUCACCAUGAGUGAACUCUUGAAAGGGAGGAACUACGGGUCCUCGUCCCCAGACCUGAGACUUGUCCUCCUGGGGAACAUCGGGUGUGGGAAGACGUCCUCGGCCGACACCAUCCUGGGCCAGCUGUCCCCGGCCUCCUGGGACACCUCCAGGAGCUGCCAGCUGCGAGCGGGCAUCGCCGAGGGACGCAGCGUGACGGUGGUGGAGGCGCCGAGGUGGUACUGGAGCGGCGGCAAGAUGGAGGAGGGCGUGCGGAAGGAGACGCAGCGAGCGAUGACGCUGCUUGCCCCGGGCCCGCAUGCCAUUCUUCUGCUGGUGCCUGUUAACCAAUUCACAGAGAUGGACGGUCUUGUUCCUGCAGAGCUGGAGGAUGUGUUCGGGAAGGAUGCCCUGUCUCACACCAUAGUCCUGUUGACCUGUGGCGACUACUUGAUGGGAAAAUCAGUGGAGGAAUACCUGCAGAAAGAACACCUGGGCGUGGGGAAGAUGAUUGAGCGCUGCGAUGGGAGGUACCAUGUCUUCAACAAUCGCCAGAGACAAAUGAGGGAGCAGGUCUGCGAGCUCCUCGGGAAGGUGGACGAUAUGGUGUCGGCAAAUGGUGUUUUCUAUAUGAAAACAGUCCAGGAGAGAGAGCUGGAACAACGGGUGAAAGACAGAAAGCGAGAACUUCUGGAAAGUUACAGAGUUCAAAAGGAGGAGAGAAAAGAGGCUGUCGCUUCAACGCAUAUCCCAAAAGCAGAAACACGGAGGAGCGGGGAGGACCGCACCGACUCCGACAGGUGGAGGACAGACCAGAGGGGAGAGAUGGAGCAAAGUGUGGCCGUGAGCCAAAGAUCUAACGGGCUCCAUUCAACUCCAGCGCCGCAGCAGCGGUCCUCUUCAGAGCCGCACAGCGACGGGCAGCCCAUCACUACGCCCAGUUUCAGCCUAAACAACGAUGGUGCUAUACUCUCUCAAAAGUCGACUCCUAAACUGGUCUCAACUUUUCGCCACAGGAUAAACAGCCCUGAAGAGAGGUCUCCCGAGGCGUCUCCUACCUCCUCUCCUCAUUCGCUCUUCACCUCCUCUCCAGUCUCGUUCCCCUCACCCGCCCCGGCUUCGCCACCCGGCGCCCCGUCCUCGCCCUCAUCCCCCGCGGAGCUGCGUCUGGUGCUGAUCGGGCGAUCGGGUGCCGGGAAAAGUGCAGCUGGCAACAACAUACUGGGGCGGAAGGCGUUCGAGUCCUGCCCCGAGAGCCUCAGAGCCGUCACUCAGGCGUGCGAGAAAAAGAAAGCGCUGGUCGAGGGCAGACGGGUGGCGGUGGUGGAUACCCCGGACUGGUUCAAUUCAGAGCAAACUCCAGAAGAGGUGCGAGCCCAGAUCUCGUCCUGUGUGGCCUUGUCCAGCCCCGGUCCACACGCGUUCCUGAUGUGCGUCCCCUUGGACCAGCCUGCAAAGACCGAGCUGGCGGCUCUCGAGGCCCUCGAGGCCGUCUUCGGCCCCGAUGCCGUCCAGAGGCACGCGCUCCCGCUCUUCACUUACGCAGAUAAACUGAGGCAGAGCGGGAAGGCGGGGGAAGGCGGCGUGGAGGCGUACAUCGCUGCUCAGCGGGGGGAUUUGUUAAAGAUUGUGGAGAAAUGCAGAGACAGGUUCCACGUGAUGGAGCACGGAGGGGGCGGGGGGGACGCAACGAAUGUGGAAGAGCUGCUGGAGAAAGUUGAGCAGAUGGUGAAUGAAGCUGGAGGAGUGUGCUACUCCAACCCUGCUUUUCAUGAGGCGGAGAACAUAGUGAGGCAGAGACAGCUAGAGAUAGCAAGGGAGAGACGGAGUGGGAGACCAGAGCAAGACCGCCAUUAUCCCUUCAUGGAGCCAGUGGCUGAGCAAGAAGAGGAAGUGAGAGAGGAGGAGAUUGAGCAAACGAGGGACGAGGCGGAAAUGAGUGUGAGGACGAUGAAUAUCGAGAACCUUCCUCCCAUCACGCGUUCCACCAUGUCCCCCUCACUUCUGCGCUCCGUGAUGGAGAAAAUGCAGACAACCGCAAAGCUGCUACCCAAGCUGUUGGAGGAUGGCUCCGGGUGGGCCGGCGAGGGAGCAAAGAAGGUGACGGGUAGUGAGGUGUGGGGGAAAGUCGGCAGCGGAGCGCAAAGCGUCCACCAGCAGCUGCUGGACAGCUCGGUUUGGGGGAAAGUGGGAGCCGGGGCCGGACAUGUGUCCAAACUAGUAGGCGCUAGAGUUCCCAAGGUAGUGGUGGACAGCUCCGCUUGGGUGGGUUCUGGGGCAAAGUCGGUAGCAGCCAGCCCGGUGUGGGGUAAGGUCGGAUCGGGGGCCACGGCGGUGGCGGACAGGUCCAUGCGCGUCGGAGCCGGGAUCGGAGCCGGGGCGAAGAAUUUGACUCACAGUCCCGUGUGGGGAAAAGUGGGCUCCCAGGCCAGAACUGGAGCGAAACUGAUGGCCGAAGGCUCCGUGCGAGUUGGGGCCGGGAUCGGCGCCGGGGCAAAGAAGGUGGCGCAGAGUCCAGUGUGGGGGAAAGUGGGCUCCGGGGCCAAAGCAGGGGCCAGAAUGGUGGCGGAGAGCCCCGCGUGGGAGAAAAUGGUGACUACUGCUAAACAGGUGCCAAUGAUAGUCCUAGGGGGCGCACUGCUGGGUCUGGUGCUCGGCGUGGUGCUGGCAGGCGUGAUCGGCGGAGCUGUCGGGGCGGCUGCCGGGUCUGCGCUUACCGAAGUGGGCAGACGGAAAUUCAGAAAGGGAAGCACGAUAGACAAGACGGAUGAAGCAGCAAGAAAUGCGCAGAGAGCAGCAAACGACAGCAUCGACUCGCUGUUAAAAAAAGGAGAAAAGGUGCUGAAGACUGAAUGAAUGGCUGAAUAGAUCAUGUAUUGGCUCAAUCACAUUCGUUAACAUAAAGGAUGAGAUCUGUCUUAUAUAUUAGAUAUUGUCAAAUCUGUGAUGAAAUGCAAUUAUUUUGAACCUAAAAUUUGGCACAUUCAUUGAUCCGUCAUUUAAAAAGUUGUACUGGACAUACACACUACAUCAGUCGCAGCUCCUACAACACUGUGCUUCUUGUACUUUACAAAAAAGAUUAUAAAAUGACUUAAACAUAAUACAAAUGAACUUAAAAAAAUAAAUAAGUGUCAUUGUGUUUUUCUUGCAUUAACUAAACCUCUACUUUUAAAUCGCUGCACCUCACUCUUGGAACCCUCAAGCU